AUGGCCAUCAGGCAUGUGUCCUCCUGGCCCAACAUUCUGGCGGUAGCAUGGCUGACUGUCUCCAAGAUACAUGAUUCUGCUGUCGCGGCAGGGCAAGGUGCAAAAUGGUUCACCACCCUCUCGCCCAAGGAUAAGGCCAAGAUCAUCAAGGACGUCUCGCAGCUGGUCCUGGCGAGGCGCACGCGCAUGUGCAACUUCCUCGAGUACAAAGACACCAAAGUCGUGUACCGCCGAUAUGCAUCGCUGUUCUUCAUCGCCGCCACCGAUCCCACCGACAACGAACUCAUCACCCUCGAGAUCGUACACCGCUAUGUCGAGCAGAUGGACAAAUACUACGGCAACGUCUGCGAGCUUGACAUCAUCUUCAACUUCCAGAAGGCCUACUUCAUACUUGAUGAGCUGUUGAUCGCUGGCGAGAUGCAAGAAAGCAGCAAGAAGAAUGUGCUCCGUGUCAUAGGUGCACAGGACAGUCUCGAAGACAUGGAAGUCGAGGACGACGCUGUCACACGGAUUGGCUGA